UCAGACAGCUCGGUCUCCGCGUCAGUUUAUUUUGUUUUUGUUGAAAACCACGGGAUGCGACUGUGCAUUUCCUCUCCGUGCUGUGUGGUUCUUGAGCAAACAAAAACCUGUCCUUCUGACUCCACUAACACAGGAUAUGAUGCAUUCCAUUUCCUCUCAACGGGUGUCUUCUCUUCAAACGGGGUCUCGGAGAAAAGCAGAUCAUCACAGUUAUCGACAGAGAAUCCUUCUGUGAGUCUAGACGUUGUCCCAAGUCUAUUGUUGGGCAGGGCCAGUUUACUUUUUUUUUUUUUUUUUUUGUGUGCCGUGUGUUAUGAAACAGAUGUAUCCUCCCCAAGGGGCCCUUUUGAGAGGACAAGUAGGGUUAGACGGGUAGAUAGGCGGAGGUCUCUUUUUCUGACUCGUCACUGACAUGCUGUCUGUCUACCUGAACAAGGAUGAGUAACUGGAUGACAUGAUGGCCUCCUUGAACAAUUCAACCACCCAAUUCUCCAACAUGAAGUUGGACCUACCUCAUUACGUCCUCAUCGGGGUGUGUCUGCUCACCGUCCUGGUUUUCAUAGUGCUGGGGACUCUGUGGCUCAAAAAGUAUCGCUCCUUGGAGAGGACCAUUCGGGACCUGCGAGGAGGAAGGCCUCUGGGAAAUGUACUUUCCACUCCAGACUCCCCGGUCCUCUCUCCUGCUUCCCCGAGCCCGUACCCCGUCACCUUGACAGAGAAGCUGGGGAAAGAGGACCCUGAGGAGCAGAUGUCACUACAGAGAAACAAGAACAGGUCUGUCACGAACAGACUGCUUUGGAGGCCACCGCAACCGGGUCCCCGCUUCACCAAGGCAGACCUCAGUCUGCUGCAGCUCCUCAAGGCAGGGAAGGAGGGAGUCUUCUACAAGGCCAGGAUGACACGGGGAACCUGCAAGGGACACGGCAUGUUCACCUGCAAGAUCACCAAAGAGGGUGUGACCCCUAAGCGUAUGGAGAUGGAGGUAUCCAUUAUGAGGAAGCUGGUGCACCACAAGAACAUUCUCCAGCUGCUGGACUGGAACACCACCGAGGAACCCUAUGUGUUGAUCAUGGAGUUUGUGAGCUACGGAACCCUGCGGCGCUUCCUUCAGACCCACAAAGACAAUCUGACCUCUGACCCUGAGCUACAGAGCUUGCUCACCAUCGCGUCCUAUCACAUCGCACUGGCCAUGGAACACCUCCGAUCCAAAAUGGUGGUGCACUGUGACCUGGCCCUCAGGAACAUCAUGGUGAGCAGGUUUCCCUGGGAGGUAAAGGUGUCAGAGUUUGGUCUGGCCAGAGACUUGACCCGCAUGAAGAGCCGCCACAGCAGUCGCAUGAAACACCCACGGGAACGUGUGCCCCUACGCUGGUACCCCCCCGAGUACUUCAGAAUCAACUAUUACAGCUUCAAGGGGGACGUGUGGGCAUUUGGCAUCGUGCUGUGGGAGAUACAGACGUUUGGCACCUUACCAUACCAUGACUUGGAGACACCAGAGGCCGUCGUCUAUCACAUCUGUGCCGGUCUCAAGAACAAAGACCCCGAGGGCUGCAGGCCAGAGAUGUAAGUGGCCG